CAGUGAGUGUGUGUUUUCCAGCCAAAGUGGAGUGGGUUUGAACAAGGACGAGUGAGAAAAAAUGCAAGCUCUGAUGAGGCUGAGGCCGAGGCCGAGGCUCUCCAACUCCAACUGCAACUCCAACUCCAACUCCGAUCAUCUCUUCAGACUUUUAUCCUAUUUACACUCUUCUUCUUCUUACUCUCCGCGAAACCCAGCACCGUCACCGCCUUCUGCUUCCGCCAACUUGUUCACCGCUCCAUGGUCCUCAAUUCAAAAUCGCGGAAUCAAAGUCUCUGGUUCUGAUAUUAGAGUCGGAAAUAUGAUCGGAAAACAAGGGCGCAUUUACGAGGUUCUUAAAGUAGAUCACUCUCAUGAAGGAAGAGGAAAAGCCACAAUCAAGGUGGAGCUCCGUGACAUUGGCCAGGGAAACAAGGUAACGCAACGAAUGGGUACUGAUGAGGAUAUUGAAAGGGUCUAUGCUCAAGAAAAGACUUUCAUGUUUAUGUGCAUGGAUCAUGAUGGAACUGUAGUAUUAAUGGACCCUGAUACCUUGGAUCAAGUAGAAGUUUCCAAAGACUUGUUCGGCAAGAAUAGUUUAUAUCUACAAGAUGGAAUGAAAGUUAAGGUACAACUUUAUGAUGAAAAACCUUUAUCUGCAUCAGUUCCAAAGCGUGUAACACGUACUGUCAAAGAAGAGAUUGCAGCCACUCCUAGGAAUAAAAAGGUUGUACUGGACAAUGGCCUUACAGUUGAAGUACCUCCUCACAUUGUAGCCGGUGAUGCUAUAGUCGUUAAUACAGAGGAAGACUCUUACAUUGAAAGGGCCAAGGCAUAGUAUGACUCCAGCCAGAGUUUGAGUAUGACCCAAACAUCCAUUAUUCAAUUGCCAUGAGUUUUUAAUCAGACUGACCUUGGUAAAUUGGUAAUAAGCCUUUGUUGAUUGUUUAAUUGCUGGUUUUUCUGUAUCUGCUGGCGAUGAAUUUGGAUAUACGUAUUUUUGUGCGUAUCCUGAUUGUGAGAAGCAUAGGAAAAAAUUCUUAAUCCUUUUGUGUUAUUGAGGGAGCAAGUGUUGCAAGAUAGUUUUAUUCUUAGCUGCAAGUGAUGGUUUCGAGCCAGAUCUUCAAUAUAAUUAUUUGGAGUAACCACCUCUCUUAUCAACUUAAGGGUCACUCGUUUGUGAGUAAUUUUUGGACGUUGCGGAGGGAAAUGAAGGGUAGAGCAUAUUUUUAUUUUUCAGAGUAGAAGAUUUACAUAAUAUUUUUUUGUAAGAAGUUAUUAGUAUGUUGUGUUUAUGCUAAUUUAUCAUUUCAUA